AUGAUGCAGGAAAGAACAUUUCAGCAGCUGCGCACAGCACAACUCAGGAUUAUUUGCAAAGGUGGAUUUAAGUCUCCUCUCUGCCCCCCAAUCCUGGAGCCAUCUGGCCAAAUCCUUGAUAUAAGGGACAGCAGUGUCAAUGUAUGCCAGCUUCCCACAAUACCUAAAGAGAGGGGCUGCACGGGUGUUACUACAGUUCUAGCAGCAGAAGUGGUGAAAUUUUACUUUCCCAAAAUGGUGGAAAUGCACAAUUAUGUCCCAGCUAAUUCAACGCAACAGAAACUCUCCAACUGGGGCCAUCUCAACAGGAAGGUGCUGAACAAGCUGAAUUUCUCCAUCCCGGAAGACAUGAUCCGGAAGAUCGUACAGUGCACUCCCGGUGUGGUGGAGCUGAUGCUGCUCCCACUGCGGCAGAAAAUCGAGGAGAAGCAGAAGCAGAGCAAGGUGGCAUCUGGCACAUAUCAGGAGCUGGGCACACGCUAUGCACUCCAUGAGAACGGCCAUAUGGAAACAGGCUAUUCGUCGAAGCCAAAGACCAAUGCCGCAGGGCUCUACGUGCAGCAGUCCCCACGAGCGGAAAGGAUGAACAAGGGCCAGCAAGGCUAUGCCCAGGCACUACCGGGAGACGCCAGCUUUCGCAUUCAGUUAGCGGAGAGGGAGCAGGCUCUGCUGGCUUGUCAAGAGACAGUCCAGAUCCUGCAGAUGAAGGUGCGGCGGCUGGAACACCUGCUCCACCUGAAGAACGUUCGGAUUGAUGACCUCACAAGGCGCCUACAGCAAGUGGAGCAGAAACAGAAAUGAGGCGGGGCUCGGUUUGCCUCCCGCGCCCUUCCCUGUGACUCUCACACCCUCAGAACCUCUCCCAGGCACAUCUGUAAGAGCCGCCGUUCCUGUGCCUC